AUGGGUUCCACUGAAGGAGGUGUCACCUCGACUGAAGGUGUCGCUUGGCCGAACCGCAAAGAUGCUUAUAAACUAGAAAGUGUGGAGCCCAUUGGUAUCGGAGCCACCGCUACCGUUUUCAAAGCUCUUUGUGUUCCUCGAAAUGAGAAAUGUGCCAUUAAGUGCAUCAAUCUCGAGAAAUGCCAAACUUCUGUCGAUGAACUUAGCCAUGAGAUCCAGGCAAUGUAUCUUUGCUCUCAUCCGAACGUCGUCAACUAUUAUACUUCUUUCGUUGUCGGUGAAGAGUUAUGGGUUGUCAUGCGCCUACUAAGCUGUGGCUCUAUGCUCGAUAUUUUAAAAAGAAAGAUUAAGGCGAUCGGAAAAGAACAAGCAAUGCAUGGAGUCCUUGAUGAAACAACAAUCGCUACAGUAUUGCGUGAAGUGUUGAAAGGAUUGGAUUAUUUCCAUUCUAGCGGACAAGUUCAUCGUGAUAUCAAGGCCGGUAACAUCUUGCUUGCUGAUGAUGGCUCUGUUCAAAUUGCUGAUUUCGGUGUCUCCGGAUGGCUGGCUUCUUCUGGUGGCGACCUGUCUAGACAAAAAGUCCGUCACACUUUUGUCGGAACUCCUUGCUGGAUGGCUCCCGAAGUUAUGGAACAAGUCCAGGGAUACGACUUCAAAGCCGACAUCUGGAGUCUUGGUAUUCUUGCGAUAGAAUUAGCUACUGGAACUGCUCCUUAUCAUAAAUUCCCUCCCAUGAAAGUUUUAAUGCUCACUCUACAAAACGAUCCUCCAACUUUGGAAACUAAUGCAGAGAGAAAGGAUCAGUAUAAAAACUACGGAAAAUCUUUUAGAGCCUUGAUCAAAGACUGUUUACAAAAAGACCCCACUAAACGCCCUACAGCCGCCGAACUCUUGAAGUACUCCUUCUUCAAGAAAGCCAAAGACAAAAAGCAUCUUGUCCACGCUCUUAUUGAAAAUUUGGCUGAUGUUCCAGUUAUCAGCCAUCAUAGUAGCGCUAAGAAGGUUGCUUCUGGAAAGUUGAAGAAAGACAAAGACGGUAACUGGGAAUUCGAGUACGAUUCACCCCCAGGAAGCGAUGAGUCCAGUGAUGAAGAUGAGCAUUGCCCGAAAGAGAGCGACGCAGCUCCACAGGUACAGCCUACCGGUGAGGGGGAACCCCAAACUUUGAAUUUAGUAUUACGUGUUAGGAAUCAACAGCGCGAGCUGAACGAUAUCAAAUUUGACUACACACCCACAGCUGAUACUGUUGAUGGUAUUGCUCACGAGCUUGUGACAGCUGAGUUAAUAGACUGUCACGACUUAGUGAUAGUAGCAGCAAAUUUACAAAAAUUAAUUAUCCACGCCCAACAGAAGUGUGAUCGGAAGUCUGUAACCUUUGCCUUGAAUUCUGGAGUUGCCCCCAACGAGGUUCCUGAUGAGCGGACGCUUACCGGAUUUGCUCAGAUCUCGCUUAUUGAUUGA